GGUUACUGAAAGUGUUAUGUUCAGUCUGUGUUGUAAAUAUUGAUUUCUGUGAAUUUCAUUUAUAUGCUUAGUCUCAAUUAUAGUUAUACAACCCUUUCCCUCUUUUCACGCAUUCUGUAAGCGUAUAAUGGACUUCACAACGGAACAGUCAUCCAGCCUGCAGAGCUUGUCUUCAAUGUCAUACCUGGAAGGUGUUCCAUUCAAGAUUGGAGAUAAAUUUAUCUGUCCAUCAAAGAUAACUCUGCCCAUUAGCUAUCACCAGUGGAACCCAAGUGAAAUUCUCAACAUUGAUUAUGAUUUUAGUUUAGAGGAGAAGGUAGUAGCAUGGGCAGAGGGCCAAAGGGCAGCAAAAGAGGCAAUGGCCCAAGCCAGAGCUCAACAGGUAGCAGCAGAAGUCGAGGCGUUUUCCAGACAGUCUGGCAGCAGUGAGAGUGACCAGGGUGAGUCAAGUGGGGAGGGCAGUGGCAAUGACCGGUCCGACGUUGUGGCUGUCGACAGAGACCCUCCCGGUGGUGACAUGUACACAGAUGAGGUGUCAGCUGCUAGUGGUGCUACUGGAGGAACCGUCACUGGCUUAUCUGGUUUUGCUCAGCCGCGUAUGGGCAUAGAGAGCAGCACGAGUCUUCCGGCUGCCGCUAAACCCUCGGUGGGAGGAGUCUGUGAAGGCAUGUUGCAACCAAUACAAGCAGCUGCGAAGCAACCCGACAACCAGGCGUCAUCAGUGGAAACGAAGCAUACGAUCAAUUUAGAGGACUUUGAAAAUAACACCGAUCCCUUCGAUAGCGUGGAGUUAAAGACCAUAAACGAUCUGGAAGAGUUGAAAAAUGUGCUGCAGGGUCCGGGACCUCCAACCGAUGCACAGUUAUCGGGCUACCAGACAGGCAACUAUGGCCAAGCUUACCCAGCUGGAAAUCAGGCGGCUGCUGUGUCUCAAGCACCUACAGUGUCAAUGUACAGUGACGUCUAUGUUCCUCGCCAGUUCUUUCCCAUACAGCAGACUAUUCCGCCUAUACCCAGCAGUGCUGCACAGACGUACAGCUAUGCCGACACUGCAAACACAUACAGUCAAACUGGCCAGUAUUCGCGGUAUAUGGGAGACUGGCCCUCAAGCUUUGGCCAGCCUCCAUGUGACGAUAGCCAGAACUCAAUCAGGCGUUGCAGUAAAAGCACACCAGACAUCUCGAUAGAAGAUGACCUAGCUCCCGUCUCAACGAGGAUUAGGUCUAAAUCCAAGUCUCCACCACCAAGAGCAUCCAACAUGUGGAGUCCGUAUCGACAGCUUCCACCAAUUCCCAACAGCCAGGAUGGCAGAAGGUGCAGUGAAACAUCCAAUAGACUCCCAUCUCUGUCUGAGUCUGAAACCAUGGUAAAACAACUUGCACUGUCAGAGGAACCAAACCCCUAUAAUGAGCUAAGUAGUGAGGCACAGUCACUGGUGAUGCAGCUCACUGGCAUGGGUUUCCCCCACGCACGGACCGCUAGGGCUGUCAAAGCACUAGGCACGGAUGACAAAAAGGUUGUUGACCACCUGUGUCUGGUCGAUGCGUUAACAGAGGAGGGGCACUGCAGUUUGGAUGCCGAGGAUGCUCUUCACAUAUUCAAUCAGGACAAUAAGAAGGCUGCUGAUUUUCUGAAACUGAGAAGACAGUGCUUGGACCUUGGUUUCCAGCCGUCAGCUGUCCGUGAAGCCUUAAUAAAAUUCAACCUUGAUAGAGACAAGGCCCUUGAUCACCUGUGCUCCACAUCUUAGUUUUCUGUCAUGAUAGCUAAUGAACAUGAGGUAAAACCUUGGCUCAUGGUUAAUGAUUAAUCCUAGACAAGUACAGGCUGUACAAUAGCUAGUAGAAUCUCAUGAUCAUGCCAAUUUGUGAUUUUAUUUUAUCUGGUACAGAUCUAGAGGUUUGAUACAUUUUAUUAUUGAAUUGCUAAAUACGAUCAAGCAUUAUUGUGAUGUUGGCUUUAUUGGAGCUUUUCCUGCUACACAAAUGAUUUGAGGUGAAAAUAGGCCUUUGUCCAACAUCAAGCCGAUGAUGAUGAUGAUGAUGAUGAUGAUGCUGCUGCUGCUGCUACGGCUGAUGAUGAUACAUAUCGAGUUUAGUCUAGUACUUGCAUCUAAAAGUUGUAUAGGCAUGCAAAAUCAGAAUGAACUCAUGAAUAUGGCACUAGGCUUGUGCACUCAGAAAAUAUUCACCAAGUAUGCUAUUGAAUUUUUUUGGGGGAGAGUGGUUGUAAAAAAUAUCAUCUUUAAUAUGUAUACUACGAUAAUUGUUAUAUUGACUCGUACUCUUAAAUAAUGUAAAAGAAAUACUUGUGUUUACACUAGUAUAUUUUAUUUUUGCAUACAGAUAAUAUGCCACAAUGUCAUGUCACCAGAAAAUGUAGAACUGUAGAAUAAGUUCAUCCACAUGAAUAAUUAUAUCUAGAAAAUGUGAAAAAGGGGAACGGGCUAUGAUAAUUUAUUCGCUGCCCAAUCGGUUAUUUAACACAUCAAUACUGUAUGAACUUGACAUACUCUUCUUUUCAAAUCUUUCAAACAAGUUUUGAAAAGUUAUGUAGGGGAUGGUGCAAAAUUCUCUUGAAAAUAAACACCAAGGACCCACUUCCAAAACAUGAAUAGAUAUGA